UAGGUUAGAAUCGUCUUUGACGUUUAAAUUAACCGCUGUGAAGUCACCCAAAAUAUAGAGAUUAAGUUCUCGGAAUCGCGUUGAUACGGCAUUUGAGCGUGAAAUCUAUUAUAAUUAUUUCAUUACAGAUUAAUUGGAUUUGAUGAUAGUUGCAUAAAGAUGCCACCGAAGCAAUUAAAGGAAAGUUUAAUUUUUCUUGUGAAUAUUGGUGUGGUCCGUUAUGGUACACAAAGUAAUUCAAGCUUGCUAGAUAAAGCAAAGUUAAUUCUUAAACAUGUUAUUCAAAAGAAGAUAUUUCUGCGCCCAAAAGAUGAAGUAGGUGUAAUAUUGAUGGGUUCAGAGUCAAGUACAAGUGACAGUAUUACAGGAUUGGAUAAUAUACAGGAAUUAUGCAGUAUACAAAUUGGGAACUGGGAUUUGAUAGAAAGCAUUGAUAGAUUAGAAACUACAAAUCAGAGCUCUUCUUGGAUGGAAGCAAUUUAUGCUGCAGUUGAAUAUAUAAAACAUGAAUGUGUAGAUGCAUCUGAGAGAAAAAUAAUGCUGUUAUCUGAUUUUAAUGAGGAUGAGGAUAUUGUGAGCCAAUUUCAAGUUGAUGACAUUGCAAAGAUAUUAAGUUCAGAAAAUAUUUUUCUCAUAGCAAUUGGAGAGAGAUCAUUGGACGACAUAGAUGAAGAUUCUUACACAGCCAGUGAAGCAUUGCUUAAAGAUGUUCUAAGAGAGAUUAAUGGCCAGUAUCGUACUUUUGAGCACGCUAUGUCAGAAGUACGUUUCUAUAGACGACCAUCAACUAGACCAUCGCCAUGGCGUUGUAACAUGGAAUUAGGCGACUUUCAUAUACCGAUUGCUGGAAUUUCUAAAACGCCGAAAGAGUCGGAAUUACCAAAAAUGCAACUGGUAGCGAAAACAACUACACCUGAUAUGGAAGAGCAGCAAGUACUAGUAAAAAACAUUGCGCAGUGGACCGACAAAGAUAGGACUAUUCACACGAAAGAAGAUAUAAUCCGUGGCUACCUGUAUGGUGGCAAGGCUGUUCCCGUUUCAGAUGAUUGUCAGAAGGCCAUGACUCCGAAAGUUAAUGAAAAAUGUUAUAAAAUACACGGCUUUACCGCAAGAGAAAAUGUACCUAUGGAAUACUGGUUGUCAGAUGGCACAUACGUCAUUGUACCUGCUGACGAGUCGGUGAGCGCACCAUUUUAUAGCUUGGUGCAAGCCAUGGUUGAGAAGAACGUAGUUGCUAUAGUGGAGAAAGUCUAUAGGAAGAACACGGAAGCUAACAUGGUAGCGUUAUUUCCGAGUGUCGAUGAUCCAAAUGAGCCUUGGUGUCUUAUUGAAAUUGGUUUACCAUUCGAGCGGGAUUAUGGAGCGAUAGCGCAGCGUCCGUUAAAAUUCAUGAUGAAGCAAUUGUCGGAGGAACAGAGCGACGCCAUAGACGACUUAUUGACGUCUCUAGAAUUGCCUGAAGGCGCCGACGAAGACUCGAUUGCCGACGGUGAGAAAUAUUUGCCAGAAUGUAUGGCGGAUCCUGGUGCGCAACAUAUGUGGGAUAUAUUGGCAGCUCGCGCUCUGCAUCCGGAUCAGCCGUUGCCGCCCAUCACUGAGGAUGUGAAGAAUUUGUUGGAGCAACCCGAGUCUGUGAAAGAAAAAUGCAAAUUAACGGCUGAUAGAAUCAAAGAUUUGUUCAUGUUGAAGAAAAUACCUUCAAAAACCAAGAGGCGUCAAAAAUUGAAAGAGGAGGAUGAUGCGUUAAUUAACAAAGAGGACAUGCACGAAGACAACGCGGCGCAGUCAAGCAAAGAACAAGCAGGAGAGACUAGAAAAGAUAAUAACGGCAAAUCGAAAGAUAUACCUGACGACGAUGAUGAUGAUAUCUGCGAUUUUGAUUUUGAUGAGAUUGGUGAUUACAUUUAAGAAGCUGCUGGCAGCGAUUAUACUAUAAUUGGGCAAUUUAUACUAAAAUCAAAUCAUAUUGGAAAAAAUAGUUUGAACUUAUCUAUCUGUAGUUAUUGCAUUAUAGUUUUGUAUUCUUUGGAUCAUAUGAGAAACGUUCAGUGAUAUAUUUUCUACGUAUGAAGUAAUUGAAACGAUGUAUAUAUAUAUAUAUAUGUAUUGCGUCACGCGCAAAUGGAACAGGUUUUAGCAACUUGUAUUAUUCAAGAUAGAAAACAGACAAAAGUUAAAGGUGUAAAAUAAAUACUACGAGGUAUUUGAAAUUUCGCAGCGUUGAAGACUUAAUAAAACGAAUUGGAUUAAAAAAAACAAAAAUUUGGUUUAAAUACAAAUAGCUUAUAAUACUGUAGUGGAAAGCAUAAAGUAAUGGUCUACAAAAUGUUUAUUAUGUGACUGAAAUAUUUGAACGUUUCCUUUGAUAUUUGAAAGCAUAUUUGAACGUCUUUUUUGAAAGCAUAUUAUUAUCAAGAAAUUGCAACUAUUUCGUAUUUAUUUUUUGGACAAAUUACCCUAAUUAAAAAACGCAGCGGUCUCCCACGCAAAGUUUGUGUAUACCACACACACACACACACACACACGCACGCACGCACGCACGCACGCACGCACGCACACAUAUAUAUAUAUAUAUAUAUAUAUGUAUGUAUAUAGCAUAUAUUUUCACGAAAAACGCUAUUGCAUAUUUCUUACAGAAAUGAGGUAUUUUUAUACACAGAAUAUUUUCAGAAGAAUUAUUAUUUAUGUAAAAUAAAUAUAUAAUUUUCAGAAAAAAAGUGCAUUUGCACUUUUCAGUCAUCCAUCCUUGUACUUACGACAAAAACUAAUCCGUAGAGAAGUAAACUUUGUAUAACUAUUGUUAUACAAUUGUGUAUUACUGCUAUACUAAUGUGUAGAAAAUCUACUGCUGUUUACAUAAUUAUACAACAUAAUUAUACGUAUACAUAAUUAUAUAAACUCGCAGCAUGUGUAUGUAUGUAAUGUAAUAUGUACAAUGAUUUUUUGAAGAAUAUUUUUUAAAGAAAAACAGUUUUUGUUCUUUUUGAACUUCCAUAUGCUAAGAGUAGUGAUGACAAUAUAACUGACUGGAUAAGGGAAAGCCAAGGUUGCCUGCCCACAUAACGCCUACCUUCCAGUUCUCCGCUUACCGAAAAUUCGUUGACACCUGAAUAUUACUGUACAAUAUUACUGAACUUGAUUAAAUAGAGAAUGGUUGAAGAAUACUGAGUGAAAACGAUAUUUUGCACGUUGGAAAAAUGAGGAUUUCGAAUUAGCUCUUCAAUUAUUUCAUCGACUCGAUCCGUGAGGAUGACGCGCAGCGAUUUAUCCUGCUUCUAUAAAAGGAAAGAACUUCGGCGCGGUGUCGAUCGUCCAUGAAACGUACGGAUUCCUCAAUAGUGAACUCUUAUACUUGAAGCAUCCUGUAUUCAGUGGCAGAUCAAGACACUCCGAGGCCCCGGAACGCGAAAAGCCUAAGCCGGAAACGUAUGCAGUCUUUCGUGCCCGAGGUUUAGACAGAACGGCCGCUUCCACUACUGCCUGUCCCAUCUAACGGACGGUGCUCGCGGGGAGGACGCGGCGCGGCUGCCUCAGUCGACGAGGAGACGCCGUGUCGAGAAGAUCAACAGGUGCGAACGCCCGUCG